UGUGUAAUGUCUAUCCCGACGCUGGAUCUGGCUGGUGAGCGUGGAGAGGCCGCGAAACAGUUGGUGGCAGCACUGGAAGAUCCAGGCUUCCUCUACAUCAAGAACGUCCAGGGAUACGACCCAGGUAGCUCAGUAUUACUUGUAUUCUGAUUUUCACGGCGUUCCGCUCCCACACAGACGAGUUACUGCGACACACGGAGUGGUUCUUUUCGCUGCCGUUGGAUGUCCGUAUGUCUCUGGCUCGCCGAGAGUGGAACCCAAAAAACAGCAAUCGCUACCGCGGCUACUGUCCCGUCAUUCCCGGAGUGGCAGACUACAAAGAACAUGUCGACUUUUCUCACGACUUGUCUCCAAGUGACCCAUUGUCCACCGAUGAGCCGUUUUACGAGCCCAACGUCUGGGUACCCGAUUCCGUGUCAGGUGCUAGUGACUUCAAGGGGUUUAUUUUGAGUUACCACCGGUGUAUGAGUGACUUGGUGUUCAAAGUGUCUCACCUGCUGGCACUUGGUCUGGAGAAAGAGGAGAAUUACUUUGACAAUUUGUUUGAAAAACCGCUGUCGACUCUGCGACUCAUUCACUACCCUCUUCGAGAGGGAACGAUUCCUGAGAGUGCAAUAAAGGAUGGGCAUAUUCUGACGUUCAAGGAACACACUGAUACUAACUUUGUGACAUUCAUCUGCACAUUUGGCUACAGAGGUCUGCAGAUCCUGGAGGGUGGUGGCUCCUGGAGUGACGUGGAGGUCAUACCUGACUGCCUCCUCAUGAAUGCCGGAGACGCUCUAGUGAAGACCACGGGUCGUUUCAAAGCCACCAGACAUCGAGUCGUCGACUACGGCAUGGAGCGUUUCUCUGUUCCUUUCUUUGCAGAGCCUGGCUACUAUGCUGAUAUCACUCGGUACGGAGCUCCCAUUAGCGAGGAGGCAAUUGCACUGUGCAGCACAGACCUGCCAAAUCAGUACGGACCAUGGCUUCAGGAAAGAAUUAAGAAAAAGAAGUUUUCUGACUAUCCAGCUUUCAAUCACACUGACUGAAGUAUUUUGUGCUACUGGAAUGCCGGUGAAGACGCAUAUUAUCGUACUGUGCACCGAUGCCCCUGCACACACAAAGUCUGCGCUAAUUUCUUCUUACAGCGACACAACUGAAGAUUUGCCAACAUCUACAUCACUGCUUCCACCACCACUUUCAGCCGCAAUGUCUCUAGUUUGUUCCAGUUCUAAAAUGUCGGCUGCACCACUGCCGACUCCAGACUUAGCAUCUCUGUCUCCACGGCGACGGACUCUGCCCUCCGGUGCCAGAAGCCAAGGAAACGAGUCUCGAAAUUUUCCUUGAUAUAAGUGAAAAGGCUCUGCCAUUACACCCGUUCUAUGCAUACAAGUUCAGUGUAUACAUGCGUACUAAUACUGGCGUC